GAAUUGGUGUAAUGAUACAAAAAAAAUCAGUGAAAUUCAUUAUCACAAUUUUGUCCAAUUUACUGACUUGCUGGAAUAAUAGAUUAAAAAGCUAGAAUCUUUGAAAAAGAUGAUUCGAUUUAUUCUGAUACAAAACCGUGCUGGCAAGACGCGUUUAGCUAAGUGGUAUAUGAAUUUUGAUGAUGACGAAAAGCAAAAACUAAUUGAAGAGGUUCAUGCAGUGGUGACUGUGAGAGAUGCAAAGCAUACAAAUUUUGUGGAGUUCCGGAACUUUAAAAUUGUGUACCGUCGUUACGCCGGUCUUUAUUUCUGCAUAUGCGUUGAUGUCAACGACAAUAAUUUAUGCUAUCUUGAAGCGAUACACAAUUUCGUAGAAGUUCUAAAUGAAUAUUUCCACAACGUAUGUGAAUUGGACCUAGUCUUCAACUUCUAUAAAGUAUACACGGUAGUAGACGAAAUGUUUUUGGCUGGAGAGAUACGUGAAACAUCCCAAACAAAGGUGCUCAAGCAGUUAUUGACGCUAAAUUCGUUGGAAUAAAAACUUGCUGCCAUCAAUGCAUUCCAUUUAUGUGUAUAUGUGUAUUUCAAACCAUUAAUACGUUGCAAGAGCCAUACCAAUCUCAUGGAUGGUCUAGUAAUGGAUUUUGCGAUGGUCGAUCCAUCAGUUUUCGAAUCUUUCAUUUUAAUCCAAUCCAUUGUGUUAAUAUAUUUCUCAGCUUAAUACAUAUGACUAUAUAAGAGAAGUAAUUAGUAUUUGUUAAAGUGCUUGUAAAGUUAUUGUAGAAAUAAGUGAAUGUGUAUUACCUAUUGUAAUUACACUCAAAAUCACAAUGAUAUUCAAAUAAAUAAUUAUGUAUAUUUGCGCAAAAGGCGUAUAUUUCAAACUACGUUAA